UGACAGGCUUCGAGCGGGGCGACAACACCCAACUCACAACUUUAGAAACCUGCAGCCAAGAUGGCGCAGACGUGCGGGGCGUGUGGUGAGACGAAGUGGGCGCGAGAGCAGCUUUCUGGGCGUGUUGGAGGGAACUUGCAUGUCACAGUGCGCAGGCGAUCAGAUGGCCGCAUGCGUCUGGAGUUGUGCAAAGAGUGCAAUCUUUACCACUGUCCCUUCUGCCAGCCAGCCGUCUACAAGCCAAAAGGAGACUAUGCAAGCGUUUGGACACAUGUAGAAAUCCACAGAAUGAGGGCCUUGCAACAUGGAGAGUUUAAUAUUCAUUCGUGCCAUUUGCAGUGCAGAGGAGAAAGACAUUUUCAUUGUCCAUACUGCGCAAAGACAAUUAUAAAUCGGAAACAGUUUGGAAGUCAUAUGGACAAAUGUGUGGAAAGUUCAACAGCAGCAGCAACAGGUGUCCAAUCUGCUGCUCCGCCUGGCACUUGUGCUCAGCCAGUUAUCACAGUCGGCCAGCGUGCCGUCCUCCUGCUCAACCUCGCUCCCCCUUUUCAGCAAACUAUCAUGAUGGGACAGUGUACUGCUACUUCCCCUGCUCAACCAAAAUCCAGAGCAGACCAGCAUCCUGCUCCACUUGACCCCCCUGUUAAACCAAAAUGCACAUCAGGCCAGUCUCCUGCUUCACCUGAUCGCCUUGUCGAACCCACAACCACAGCGGGCCUGCCUGCUGCUCCACCUGACCCACCUGUUCAGCCAACAACCCCAGUGGUCCACCCCCCUACUUUAACAGAGGGCCCUGUUAAUCAAACAGGUCAAAUGUUCAGAACAGUACAGAGAAAAAUAAAAUGUCCAAUGUGCAACCUAUACUUAAAUAAAAAAAAUCUAAGAAAACAUAAACUCAGGAAACACUUAAUUUCUGAGAAGGACAUAACAGCCAAAGACCAUCUUAGAAGUCAGUGUGUUGACUCUCAUAAUGGGGUGUACGCUGUAGCAAAGUCUUACAAGGCCACUGCCAUACCAGUUCAUGUCAUUAAAAAGAAAUCAGGCAGCACACACAAAAUGGUGUGCGAAGAAGAUCGGUGCGAGGUUAUUUCAGAUUUUCAAAGGAGGAGCGGCAUGCCUAAUAGCCAGUGCCCUCAUCUACGCUCUGUUGAUUUUUGUUUUACUCGUGCAAGCAGAGAAGACUUGAAACCCGGUGUGUUGGAGGAACUGGUUGACAAUAAAUGGAUUGGAAAAGACAUGGGGGCCAAGUGCCUUAACCAUCGUGACCAAGCCACUCAGAGCAGAGCCCCACUUGUUACUCUUGUGGAUCUUGGUGGAAGUCAUUGCCUGUAUUUGUCUGUGUUUGAGCCCAAAGUGUCACAGUACAGCAAGUUAGGAAGAUUAUUCGUGACGUACAAUGUAAAGGGAAGGUUGUGGCAUUGUGAUUGUUCUCGAGGGAGAAUUUCCUGCUUGCACAAAUGCAUAGCCAAAUGGUAUCUCUUCCAAACCAACAAACAGUUAUUUUCCUCACAUGCCGAACGAGACGCACCACUAAGGUUUUCUGAAUUGACAGAACCUACAGAAACCUCCACAGAAAAUUCCCCUGGAACUGUGUAUCCACUAAGAGAAGAAGGACUAAAAGAAAUGGCUAAGUACAUUUACAACCAAAAAAAAUUGCCCACCACUUUUCCAGAAAACAUCACCCAGUCUGAAAUACACUUUUCAAAGUUUUUGGUUCCAGCUGAAACUGUCUGCCAAGAGUGCCCAGGUCAUGUCUCCUUAACAGAACCAGUGCUGAUCACCAACAAAGCAAGAGUUAUUACUUUAACAGGAGUGACAGAAGAUACUUCCACAUUUUUCAAAAAGUGUCCAGAUUGUGAACUGGUCUACUGUUACCAGGAGUGGAGCGAGGGCCUUCACAAUUACAACAACCACAUAAUCCUGAGUCUGCAACUAUGCAUGCUUCUCCAAAACUCAAUCAAGAAUCACACUGCUGGUGGUGGAGUGGUGGAGGUGCUGAAACGGACAGUAGGUGUCAAGUCUCCAUCUGGCAUGGAAGUGCUUCAGGCAUAUCUCCACUUUGAAGCUCUUACAAGUCACGACUGUCUGUCUGUAGUCAUGCUGGAUCUUUAUCAAAAGGGGGUUUUCAACAUGGCAGGGAUUGAGAUAAACGACCUGCCUGAAUCCUUUACCGGAGAAGUAAACGCAAAGGAAUUCUGGGAUUCGGUGUGCAUGGAGAUAAUAACAAGCAGCCUGGUUGCUCGAAGUUCUACCUAUGUUGCCACCUCAGAUGGUAACCUCAAAGAAGCUGCAGUGUCUGCUGUCAUAACCUCCUUCACGCCGGCUGAAAGAAAGAGGCUGAGCAAACAAAGAACAGAGGAGUGUCACAGGGCUGUGAGCAGAUAUCUUGUGAAAGGAUUACAUCCCUUGUCCACAGUGGAGUCCCCAUGGUUUAGAGAGAUGACAAAAACACUAAACCCAAAGUACCACCUGCCUUCCAGAGAUCAGCUCAUAAACACACUGAUACCUUCAUGGUACUCUGUGGAGAAGAAACAUGUCAUCAAAGAGCUGCUUCAAGUGUCUGAGGCUGCAGUGACAUGUGACAGGUGGACAAGUUUUGCCCACGACCAUUACCUGACAGUUACUUUACACUUCAUAAUGAAAGGCCAGAUGAAGCAGAAAGUACUUUGUACAAAGCCAGUUUAUGACACUCAGACGGACACAGUAGUGGCAGAGCAGAUCGGUGGUAUACUGGAGGAAUUUGGUGUCAGAGACAAAGUUGUUGCCAUGACGGUGGAUAAUGCGUUCAAUAUUUCCAUCAAGAAACUGCAGUUCAGGAUGCUGAGAUGUUUUGCCCAUAUACUUAAUCUUGCUGCACAGAAGGUGUACACCAGCAACACUGUGGCCAGAUGGGCAUCAAAAAUAAGAGCUGUUGUUGAGUGGAUCAAAAGGUCUUCCACAGCUCAAACAGUUCUUCGGGCGAAACAACAGCUUUUAAAUCUACCACAACACUCUUUAGUACUCAAUGCCCGAACAUGUUGGAGCUCAUUGUACCUCAUGGUGGAGAGGUUUGUAGAGCAGUAUGCUGCCAUUCAGGCCACCACCACAGAUCCACAGAUCAAACCAUCUGUUGAGAAGAAAAGGCUGGAAACGCCCUCAGACGACGAUCACCGAAAAGCACAGGAGUUCAUUAGGAUCAUGAAGCCUCUGCAUACAUCUUUGCUCUGUGUCUCAGCUGACAAGAGUCCAACUUGUAGUCAGAUUUUUCCCAUCCUGAAAAAACUGGAGGCCCACCUUGAAACCCAGGAUGAUGACUCUCUGUUCACAGCCAUGCUCAAGGAAAAAGUCUGGGGUGACCUGUCUACAUGUUACAAGGAUGGCGAUACUUGGAAGUUCCUACAGGAGUCGAGCGCUCUGGAUCCAAGGUUCAAGAACAGGAUUGAGUUGGAUGAGAUUUGGUACAGAGUGAAAAAUGCUGCGAUUAGGGUUAAAAACAAAACACAGGUGUCAAAUCAGGAGGAAAACAGACUUUUGCAUGAGGACAGUGAUGCGUCGGAUGUAUCUGAGCAGAAAGACAAAGAGCCAGAGUAUUCAGAUGAGACUCCGUUGCCCAAAAGGCCGAGGUUAACUGCCCUGGAGGAGCUUUUCGAGGAGGAGGACAGAGCUCUGAAGAGCAGUGCAGCAGCAGAAGAGACACCUUCAAUACAUGAACGAGUCCAGCAAGAAAUACAGCUGUUCAGAAACCUGCCUGCAGUACCCACAUCAGAGGACGCUCUGGCCUGGUGGUGGGAGAGACGAGACACGCUGCCUCUCCUGUCUGAACUCACCAACUCAUACCUGUGUAUCCAAGCAUCGUCUACUCCUUGUGAGAGAGUGUUUUCCACAGCAGGGGACACAAUCAGCCAAGAAAGGUCACACAUUCUACCAGAACAGGCAGAUAUGCAGAUUUUUCUACAGAAAAAUGGUUAAAACCAACAAAUCAGUAUGUGCAAUGCUAAACUCCUGUUCUUCAUUAGGUAUGUGUUCAAACACAUCAUUCACUGUGCUGCUAGAUUAAUUAGAUGUAUUAUUUUGUUGAUAUUUUUUUCAUAUAAUGUAAAUGAAAUAUUUUAUUAUUUAAAUAUAUUAUUUUUUUACAUCACAAGGAUACUAUACAAAAAUGUCCCAUUAAGUGCACAAGUCUGGCUUUUUGUGUAAUUUGAAUGUACUUUGCAUAGUAAAAUCAUUAUUUCUGGCAUGAAUAGCAGAGCGGAUUACAGUGCUGCAGCGACACCAAGAGUUAUCAUUUGAGUUUGCUCUCUUUGAACCUCAGUAUGACGUCAUACUCAUGCAGUAGUCAUUCAGUAGUUUUUGGUACAAUAAAUCUACAAAACAUCUAUUUGAGUAGGACAUUCUGGCACUCAUUUCCAACUCUGGUUUAGCACCGUUCUUCACAAGUAGAAGUAGUAUUGGUACUGGAAUCGGUCCAUUUCUAAUAGUACACAAGACUAAAAACAAUCAAAUCCAGCACUAGUUGUAACACAAUGCAAAAUCCUCUUCUCAGCUCUAACACAGCUCAAUCCCUCUAACGGUCUGAAGAGAAACCAAGUAUGAGCAUGACCGCAUUGGUAUAUCCUAAAGAGCAUCGUUUGGUGAUCCUGCUAUCACCUCUCCCUGUAAGGAAAGUUUAAAAGUAAAUAAAGAUCUUAACAAAAAA